AUGGCUUCCUCGCAUACCGUUGAGGACAAGGCGGAUGCCUUCGCCGAUAUCAAGCAGAACUCUGCCAUCACAGCUGCGAACAGCAACGCAGCCUCACACAAGAAGGUCAACGCUUGGCAACAACCUGGUCCCGCCGCCUAUGAUUUCCGCAGCGAUGUGAUGACUACGCCCACGGCAUCUAUGCUCGAAGCCAUCUCAAACACCACACUGCUCGACGACGUGUUCCUCGAGGACCCCACGACGAAUGACCUGGAGUCCUCUGUGGCAUCGCUGGCAGGCCAUGAGGCCGGACUGCUCGUCAUGUCCGGAACAAUGGGCAACCAAGUCGCUCUUCGCAGCCAUCUGGUCCAACCACCUCACUCGGUCCUGUGCGAUAUCCGGGGACACAUCCACAACUACGAGGCUGGCGGUGUCAGCUGCCUCUCGAGCGCCAUGCUCAUUUCCGUCCACCCCAGCAACGGCCACCACUUGACCCUCGAAGACGUCCAGAAACACUGCAUCAUCUCAGACGACAUCCACGCCUGUCCCACUCGAGUCAUCAGCCUGGAAAAUACACUGGAUGGCAUGAUCAUGCCCCUGUCCGAGCUCCGCCGAAUCGCUCAGUUUGCCCGCUCCCACGGUAUCAGACUCCACUUGGACGGCGCGCGCAUCUGGGAAGCCGUCGCCGCCGACGCCGGCAGUCUCCCUGACUUCACGCGCGAGUUUGACAGUGUGAGCAUGUGUUUCUCCAAGGGACUCGGCGCGCCCAUCGGCUCCAUCAUCGUCGGGAGCAAGCCCUUCAUCGCGCACGCGCGACGGAUUCGCAAGAUGCUGGGUGGUGGCACGCGCCAAGCGGGCGUCAUUUCCGCCGCCGCUCGCGUCGCCGUGCAAGAAAACUUCGGCCACGGCCCCAACGGUGAAGGCGGCAAGUUGCGCGACAGCCACGCCCGAGCGAGGAAAGUAGCAGAGAUGUGGACCGCCAAGGGUGGGAGAUUGGCCAACCCAACGGAAACCAACAUGGUUUGGCUGGAUCUUGCCAAUGAGGGCUGUUCAGCGGACGAAUUCGCCGAGCUGGCAAGCAGAGAGGGCUUAAAGGCCCGUGGUGGACGGCUGGUCGUGCAUUAUCAGAUUACUGAAGACGCAGUGGAGAGGUUGGGGAGGGUUAUGGAUGCCGUCCAUCAAAGGAAGGCGCCAAAUGGGCAGAACGGGGUCAACUGA